AGGCAGGUAGUGCAACAGGAAACAAGGAAAAGGAUUACUUCUGGCACGUUGCGUGCAGACAACAGACAGAUUGUAACGAACUGUCAGUCUUUCAUGCCUGUCCGCAGAAACUGAAGACUUCUGUAACACGGUUUGUUUCAUAACGUUUAUUAUGCAGUUAAGAACGGUAUUUCGGUGCAAACAGCAUUUUAGAGCAGCCUACACUCCAGGACAAGCUCAUUUGAGCAGUUCAGUAAAGGAUGUGAUAACUUCCAAGGACCCCAAACGCUCGAUAGGAGCAUUAGCUGAGAAAAAGAAGAGAAGGAAGCAUGUGUUGCCUCAAAUAGGUGAGUCUGUGUCCUGGGAAGAGCGGGUGGCGGAUGCAGUGACUCCUCUGUGGCGAUUAAGCUACGAACAGCAGCUGCAGCUCAAACAGGAGCGACAGGAGGACAUUGUACGCCAUCUAUCUGAGGCUGGGGCGUAUCGCUGCCCCCCUGUGUUGCCCAUACGACCGUCACCAGUCACGGACGGAUACCGUAACAAGUCCACCUUCUCUGUUAACGCCGGGCCGGGGGGCGACCCCAAGACGGUGGGGUUCUACGUGGGUACUGGGAAGGCACGCAACAUCGUCUGUGUCAGGGCAGACCACUUGAAGAACAUACCGGAGAAACACAAGCUGGUGGCGCGACGCUACGAGGAGUUCCUCCGUCUGUCCCCUCUGGACCCUUGCCUCCUCUUCCACACGGGAGGCCACUGGCGAGAGAUUAUGGUCAGGACUAAUUCCGCUGGCCACACCAUGGCCGUAGUAUUCUUCCACCCUCAGACGAUGGCCCCAGACAAGGUUCAGCUCCACAAGGCAGCUUUGCUGGAGUAUUUCACCCAGGGCCCUGGAGCUGUCUGCCAGCUGGACUCUCUGUACUUCCAGGCGUGCCCCAUGACCCGCUGCAGCCACCAGCAGGCCCCUUUCCAGCUCCUGUAUGGGGCCUCGCACAUCUACGAGGACCUGCUGGGGCUCCGGUUCCGCAUUUCUCCCGACGCUUUCUUCCAGGUGAACACGGCGGGCGCAGAGGUGCUGUACAACAGCGUCAGAGAGCUGAGUGCUCUGGGGGAAGUGUGCAGGGCCAUCGGAGAGCUGAGUGACGUGCGUGAUGCGGGGCUGGGUGGGGCCACGCUGCUGGACGUGUGCUGCGGGGCGGGGGUUAUUGGUAUCUCCAUGGCGAGCGCAGUGGACAGGGUGAUCGGCGUGGAGAUCGUGGAGCAGGCCGUGGAGGAUGCCAGGUACAAUGCCGCACUCAACCAAGCGUGGAACUGCCACUUCCUUUCGGGGAAGGCCGAAGAGGUUCUCCCACGGUUACUGCCCUCUCUCAGCUCCAACCAGGGCCUGGUCGUCGUGGCGAACCCCUCCCGGGCUGGCCUGCACUACCGGACGGUUCGGGCACUCCGGAACCUUCCAUCCAUCCGCAGACUGGUUUACGUGUCCUGCAAGCCAGAGGGAGAGGCCACGAGGAACUUUCUGGAGCUCUGCUGCCCCGCUGACCCACAGAAGAAGCUGACAGGGGAGCCAUUCACCAUGAUGGCUGCACUGCCGGUGGACAUGUUUCCCCACACCCUGCACUGUGAACUCCUGCUGCUGUUCCAGAGGUAGCAGAGCCUGUAGAACAGUCAAAUAUCUAAGGAAAUUGUGAGUGAAAUAAAUAGAAACGACUGAAGACUUGAUUUGACAUGAAUUAAUGUUCUACCGUUCAGUUUUGAUGCGUGAAAAAAUAUGAAAAAAUAAAACAUUGCAACCCCCAAAACACUCACUAGAUGGCGCAAGUACGCAAGGCUUGUUCGUAAAUUUGUCUUUGUCCCCAGAAGUCAAUUUAUAACAGAAUUAUUAUUAGUUUGAAAUUAAAGCCACAAAUGUUCACCCUACAUUUAAGAGAUGUCAAAAUAAAUCUGAUGAAAAUCAGGCUAGGUUACCGAAUCAAAAGAUAAGUAAAAAUGAAAAAAUAAUUUCAAAAACAAACAAUUUAAACUUCCUAAUUACUGCAUGUGAUUAUUGUGACCAUUAGCACGAUAACAUGUUAUUUUACACAUAUACAGUCCGUUAGUUUUCAUUUUUUUUAUUAGAACCUCCCAGCACCACUACCAGAAUAUCUGCCUGUAAUAAAAUAAAGAAAGAAAAAAACAUACCAACCACGCAAUCAGAGGUAAACUGUCAAUAUAUUGAAAACAAUGGAACUUCAGAAUUUUGUCUCCAGAAUCCCCAUGCACCCGUCCCAUUUGGAGACAUUGGUGCUGGUGGUACGUUCCUCUGUCCAUGGUUUGAAUUAAUUUGCUACCAACAUGGAGACUAACUUUCAUGAAAUUUAUUUAGCAUACAUACGCAGAAUUUGUCAGUGGUGGACCAACAAACUGCGUUUAUUAGCGAUGGGGCUAUUGGAUGGGGCAACGCAAUUAAGAAUCGGCCUAUUUUGUUUUCUCUGGCGUUAUGCUAGGAUGUACAAACAUCCUGCUCUGUAUCUGUAUGGGUUACUGUUGAACAAUGACUCCGAGUGACUGGGAAAUUUGGAAAAAAAGAAAACGAGUCAUGUAACUUCCAUCUUCUUCAGACAUACGCGUUACGUAAUCCUCAGUCUGUGUGGUGACUGUGAUUACACUGUGCAGUUGGCUGUGAAUUCAUGCAGCUGGUUGGAAUAGACAUGACUGUAAAACGUGAACAGCAGAUAGCAGGCGACCAAUGAGGCUUUCAGAGUAAGGUGGUAGCAAGUUCUUUUCGACCAAUUGCAGUCUUUAUAACGUCCUCUCCCAAACUAAAUCAGAAGGUAGGCUAUCAUCAGGAGUAACACAGCUUUCAUUGUGAAGACGCGUGUUCCUUCGCUAUAUCCACUUUUGUUUUUCAUUAUAAAGGCACCGAACUCUUGCAUCUCGUUUG